GUUGAGAGAGUGAGAGUUGGGAGGUGGGCAGGACUCAUCAAGGAGCUGCAAACCAAAACAAGAAAUCUAGGCAGCAGAAGGAAAGAAAGGGUGAGCUUGAGCCAAGAUAUCUGGCCAAGUGGAACUGGAGGAAAUGUCAUCAUUGGUAAAGGAGGACUUGGAGAAGAAACUGUUUAAGCCGCUCUCGCAGAAUCUGUGUGAGUUUAUCGAAAUAGAGUUCUCGGUCCAGGACAGAUAUUACCUCUGUGUGUCAGUGACCAAAAAUGAAGAAGUAAAAAUAAUUAUGGUGAAACACUACAGAAUAGGCUUAGAUGAAAAAUAUGAAGUAACAAAGAAGUGGUCUUUGAAUGAUCUGAAGAAGAUUGAUGGAAAAGAAGCAGAUACUGACAACCCGUUUUUUGAUCUGCACUUCAAGAAAGUGUACCGUUUGGAAGCAUAUAGUUGUGCUUCUAAAUAUGCCUUUGCUCGAACUAUAAAUAAGCUGAAUCACGCAUAUCUUAAGAAGGACUUACAGAUCGUGAACUUUGACUCGACUUAUAUCAACGAUGAUUCUGUUUGGUCCUCCAGCAACAAGGACUGCUUGGUUCUCAUGAGAAUAUGCUUUUAUGCCUUCAAUCUGCUGUGCCUGUCCCUGUGUCCCCUGCCACUCUGA